AUGACGCUUGAACAACUUGAGGCAAACCAAGUCUCGAUGAGGACCAACAUUGACUCCAUGCAGGCAAAGAUGGAUCACUUGCUGGAAACCAUGUUACUCUUGGCCCAAAAGGAAAAAGAUGUUGAGACUAACGCCGAAGCCAGGAAAGUUGCUGCCCAGUUUGGAUCACCAUCGCUCAGUAUCCCUAGAGUGAUUGACCUUGAUGGUAACCUUAAUCAGCCUAGAGGAGGACCGAUCCCUGUUCCUGUUCCCAUGGUCAACAUGAACCCCCAUGAGCACUCUGCUACAUCUGCUCUCCAUGGAUCCAUUAUGGGUGAUGAAGAUCCAUAUGACGCCUUCUUCAUGCCACAAUCAGCCAAACCUGCUGUUGGAGAUCUCCCGGACCCAGCUGUUGAGAGACUCCAUGCUCUAGAAGAGAAAUUCAAGUCCUUGGAGGUUCACACUACUCCUGGUUUGGACGUUGUUGAUAUGUGCCUAGUGCCAGGACUCGUGAUUCCACAAAAAUUCAAGGUCUUGGACUUUGAUAAAUACAAGGGAAUCAGCUGCCCGAGAACUCACCUCAGAGCUUACUGCCGCAAAAUGGCCGCCCACAUCAGUAAUGAUUAA